CCAUGAAAGUGCGACACAAGGAAUUCGUUCCGUGGUGACGGCGCAGCGAUUUCGUGAGGUAUAUUAGGAGGGGUGGGAGAGAGUGGUGGAGUAGAGUCAGCGUAGGGAUUGAAAUUGGAUACGGUUCGUGUUGCGCCUAUUCGCGCUGCUGUCUGAGUUGCAUGACGGGGAACGUGACGUGGGGAGGACCUGGUGUCGCAUCAGCCGCUUGUUUGAAUAGGACCUUGUGUCGUUGGGAUUAGCGUGGGCGGGAAUUGAGAGCGCAGGCGUGAGAAUUGCGGUAAGCUUCGGAGCGGGGACGGUCGUGAUUGCAGGUAGAAGAGGUUGUAGAGGAUUUCUUGAGAGGCUCGUAAAAGAGGGAGAGAGAGAGGGAGCAGAAGAGAGUUGAAGAGCGUGAGAGCUGGAUUGAGGUGGUUGUGGAGCGAUGCAGUCGCUGAUGAAAGUUGUGCUUGCACCUCGAACGGGGUCGGCGACGGAGAGCGAGAGGAGAAAGAAGAAGAAGGAGGAUGUUUUGCUGGAGCGCAGUUUGUCGUCUUCAACUCGGUAUCCGUCAAUGCCGCGGUACCCGCUGUCGCCCUUGCAUGGCGAAGUUGACGUCUCGGAGAUUCGCAAAGCAAAUUUGAAGGUUACAGGGAUGGAGUGCGCAGCGUGUGCGGGGUCCAUCGAGAAAGCCGUGAAGAGGUUGCCCGGCAUCGAGGAAGCAACGGUGUCAGUAUUGCAGAACCGGGCUCAAGUUGUGUACAGGCCCGCCUUCGUACAGGAGGAAAGCAUUCGGGAGGCGAUCGAGGACGCGGGGUUCGAGGCGGAAGCAAUUGUGGACGAUGCCGGUCAACGGAGCGGGAGCAUCAGCCGUUUUCGUAUCAAGGGCAUGACGUGCACCUCUUGCUCAAACUCCAUAGAGUCUUCGCUGAAAAAGCUGGAUGGAGUGCAAAAGGCCGUAGUAGCCCUCGCCACGGAGGAGUGCGAGGUGAGGCACGAUGCUGGAGUGAUUUCUCACGUCCAGCUUGCCGCCGCCAUAGAUGACCUGGGUUACGAGGCCGAGCUUCUGAUCGCAGGUGAAGAGACGAACAGAAUCCGUCUGCAGCUGGAAGGCGUGACGGCUGCAGCGGACUUCCAGCUCGUGAAAGAGAUGCUGGUGGCUCUGUCCGGCGUGACAUCGGUGGAUUUGGGGACGUGGGAGGAGAGAGGGAAAUCGGGGCCGAGCUCAUCCAGCGGCGACAUCAUCAAGGUGGUACCGGGCUCGAAAGUGCCCACGGACGGUGUGGUGGUGUGGGGACAAUCCUUCGUGAACGAGAGCAUGAUAACAGGCGAAGCCCGCCCCGUACCGAAGAAAUUAGGGGACAAGGUGAUAGGAGGCACCAUGAACGACCACGGCGUGAUACACAUACGAGCCACACACGUAGGGGCGGAGACCGCAUUGGCACAAAUUGUGCGGCUGGUGGAAGCCGCCCAAAUGGGCAAAGCCCCGGUCCAGAAGUAUGCGGAUCGCAUCUCCACUUACUUCGUCCCCGCCGUGGUGGUCGCGGCGUUCGUCACGUGGCUGGCUUGGUACGUUGGAGGCAAAGCACGCUCGUACCCAAAGUCAUGGAUUCCGGCUGCGAUGGACGAGUUCGAGCUGGCACUUCAGUUCGGGAUAUCAGUGCUCGUCAUCGCGUGCCCCUGCGCCCUCGGCCUGGCCACACCCACCGCAAUAAUGGUUGCCACAGGGAAGGGCGCGACGCAGGGGAUCCUGAUCAAAGGGGGUCAGGCACUGGAGGCUGCACACAAGGUGAAGACGGUGGUUUUCGACAAGACCGGGACGCUGACAAUCGGGAAGCCCAUCGUCGUUCACACCAAGCUGCUCACGAACAUUCCUCUGCACGUGUUCUACGACACAAUCGCAGCAGCGGAGGUCAACAGCGAGCACCCACUGGGAAAAGCGAUCGUCGCGUACUCCAGGAAGAUCAGCGGCGAGCAUUCGUCCCAUGGUCAGCAGCAACACGAGGUGCGUGAUUUCGAGGCCAUUCCAGGGCAGGGAGUGCGCGCCGUGGUGGACGGCAAGGCGACCCUGGUGGGGAACAUGCGACUGAUGAAGGAGCACGGGAUCCACAUAUCGGAAGAAGCGGAGGAGCACUUGCGCGAUGUGGAGACUUUGGCCAGGACGGGAGUGAUGGUUGCCAUCGAGAGGGAGUUGGUGGGGGUGGUGUCCAUCGCGGAUCCAGUGAAGCCGGAAGCAGCCAGAGUAAUCAGCAUCCUCAAGUCAAUGGGCGUGCGCAGCAUGAUGGUCACGGGGGACAACUGGGGCACAGCCGUGGCGAUUGCGAGGGAGUUGGGAAUCGAGAGGCCAUGCGUGCACGCAGAGUCGUUGCCAGAAGACAAGGCCAGGAUCGUGGAAGAAAUGCAGGCGGCAGGGACGUCGGUGGCCAUGGUGGGGGACGGCAUCAACGAUUCGCCAGCGUUGGUCGCAGCGGACGUGGGGAUGGCGAUAGGAGCGGGGACGGACAUCGCGAUCGAGGCGGCGGACAUCGUGCUGAUGAAGAGCAACCUGGAGGACGUGAUCACAGGGAUAGACUUGUCACGGAAGUCGUUCUUCAGGAUCUGGCUGAACUACGUGUGGGCGUUGGGGUACAAUGUGCUGGGCAUCCCCAUAGCUGCGGGGGCGCUGUUCCCAAGCACGGGGUUCCGGUUGCCUCCGUGGGUGGCGGGUGCAGCCAUGGCGGCGUCAUCGGUGUCGGUAGUAUGUUCGUCGCUGUGGCUGAAACGCUACAAAAGGCCGAAGGUGGUGGAGGAGAUAGACACGAGUGUACAGCGGUAGUAGGCGCGGAGCACGUUCCAGUGCCUUCUCACAGUUUUGCGAAGCAGAUCAGUUUUGCACAGCGUCUUCGGGGAGCUGUAUUUCAGGCGGCGCCCGCUCGUGCCUGGGCUCAGGGGCGGGUGUCGCCUCAAACACAGCGCUCUGGGUGACAUGUAAAUAGAUAUAUUUUUUUUUCAUUUUAUAGUAUUUGUGUUCACCUUUGAUAAUUUUAGGGUAGGAUUUUUUAUUCAUUCAUUAGUUUAUUUUGUUGUGGGCAUUUUUAUUGAUGAUUUUAUUUUGAAUAUUUUAUGUAUCUUAAAAUUCUAGUAAUUGAUACUCAAAUCAUUAUAUAAUUCGAAUUAAAUGGGAUUCAUCUACAGAUACUUGUAAUUUAAUACAAUUUUUCUUGUUCAA